UCUUUACUUUCGCGUUUGAGCAAGUACUGAAAACAGACGUAUAUGUGAGGGUUAGUACGUUGGUCAACAUGAACUCAACUAGUGGAAUAGUGUGUUUUAUUUUACUUUUCGUAAACAUAGCGCCAUCUACACAAGAAUGCAAUAUGGAGCUGACAAUCAACAAAACUACAGAAUGUACUCUCACGUUUACCAAAAUGAUUGGUUACAACACCCAGUCUUUCUCUAAAAAUCCUGAAAAGCUCUGUUGGAACUUCUGCAAGCUCGAAGUCUGUCAGGCAAGGGCAGCUGAAGAAACAGGCUGUGCCGAACCCGCCCAAUACAUCAUUGAGAACAGUCUGGGAGUAGCUCGUGUUUUGUUACAAAAGAAACAUAAGGUAAACUGUGAGAAUUACGAUACCACUAAGUGCGGCCGAUCAUCAGUUUCACAGGCCACCGGCUUUACAAUCGUGUUACUUCUUCUGCUCACUAGGUGGUGCCUACAGUAGCCUAUCUAGGCAAGUGAUCUGUCUGGAAAAAACUGACUGAAAAGCUCUGACACUCAAUCAGAUGUGAUUUUACACGUAAUGAAAUGGUGGUUAUUAAUUAAUUAGUCUGUUACAGGUUUAAAGACGCGUAAGUUCAAAAAGAGCCACGUUUGUCGUAUGGAUACAGUACAGUUAGAUGGGACAAGUAGCUAGUGACACCUAUCAGAAAGAAUAACACAACGUGAAGUGACGAGAAUUUUAUAAAUGAAGUUCAUUUUAUUUUUAUCUGACUUAUACUAUUUAGAUUAUCCACUUUUCUGCUUAUAACAUUCUAAAUUAUUCUAUUGAUAUUGCCGUCUGAAGGAUAUGAAUUUAGUAGUGGGCUUAGUUCUCUUUUAACAUUUUUUUUCCUUUUAUUAUUUCGAUGUCAUUGUUACAGCAACGCCACCGUACUUUGUAUGAA